AUGCCCCCAAAACCUAUACGUCGUUCACAGUUCCCUCGUUCAAAGCAGCCUCCACAGCUGCAAUUUCUCCCCCACCUCACCGCCGACCCUUCUCCGAUCUCCGCCUGCAGACCUCCGCCUCGGCUCCAGCUACAGUCUUCGCCUUCUCCGAUCUCCUGAUAGGAAAGAUGAGCUUAAGAAGCAUGUUGGCUGACGCAGCCAUUAGAGGAGUAAAUGAAGCAAGGGCAAAGAUAUUUGGUCAUGUACUUAACACAACUGGUCAAAGAUCUGCUCAUAAAAUUUUAAGAAAGAAAUUCAUUGGUGAAAAAGUUGCUUCAUGGUAUCCAAACGACAUCCAGAAAGAAGACCCCAUGGUUGUCGCACGCAAAGAACAAGAGCGUUUAUCAAAACUUGAAAUGUUGAAGCGUCGAGGAAAGGGACCCCCAAAGAAGGGGCAAGGAAAGCGUGCUGCUAAACGUAGUAAAUAGAAAUAAAAAAUGAAAUGAAAUGAAAUUAGGUUUUAUUGCAAAUGCAAAUGCAAAUUUAUUUUCAGGGAUUUCAAUCAUCAUUAGAAAUGAAUGUUGAAAUGUUUAAGCCUUUUUGAACUUUCAUUGGCUUUAAUAAGCUGUUAGCUGUAUGUUGUUUUUGGCUUGUUUCUUAAAAGGUUUUUUGUCAGGUUAA